UGACCAUGGUAUGGUUGAGUUUGGACUAAAAUAUAACUUAGAAUGGGUUUUACUCCGUAGUUAGAUUGGGAUUUCGUCACAAAAGUAUGGUUUUUGGCUUUUUGCCACUAGCGGGUACAUUUCUAGCAUUUUCAUACCAUCCCAUUGUCAAGUUGAGAAGAAGAAGUAAUAAAUCGGCUUACACUUAUUUGAAUGGUAACUUGAUCCCAGAGGAUUUGUUAUACCGCAAACAGAAUGCCGUAUCUGGAAACUCUGGUGUAUUCAAAUGUCUACUCUGAAUCACCCGCCAUUACAAAUUUACAAUUCCUUUCCCACGGUUGGACGAAAACAGAGUUCUGAGAGAGAAAAAAAGCUUCCUCUGUUUUUUCAAUGGCCAGAGGCAGAGCAGUUCCCUUCUUCUCGAUUACCGUUCUUGUGGCGUGCUUCCUCCUUCUCUUCGCCGCAGAGCCCACUUCCGCCCGGAUUCAACUCCCGGCAAACGAAUCUAUCCCGGCGAUUUUUGUGUUCGGGGACUCGAUCCUUGAUACUGGAAACAACAACGGCUUACUCGCUUCCCCUUGCAGGAGCAACUUCCCGCCUUACGGCAGGGCAUUCGACGGCGGAGUUCCCACCGGCAGAUUCUCCGAUGGGAGAGUCCCGUCGGAUUUCAUGGUGGAAGAGCUUGGUAUUAAGGACACUCUGCCGGCAUACAAGGAUCCAAAUCUAAAGCUGGAAGAACUUCUCACCGGCGUCAACUUUGCUUCCGGCUGUGUUGGAUUCGACGACCUAGCAUCAAAACUUGGGAUGGUACCGCCAUUGAGUCAACAGCUAAGAGAGUUCAAUGACUACGUGAACAAAGUGAAAGAGAUGAUAGGAGAAGAAGCAAUGGCCAAACUGUUAGCUAAGAGCAUAGUUAUAAUCUCUUUAUGCAGUAACGACAUAGUUCAAGCGUACUUCAAUUCUCACAUCAGAGAACUCCAAUACGACUUCUCGACUUACGCUGACAUUCUAGUCAAAUCCGCCACGACCUUUUUGAUGGAAUUGUACUCAAUCGGGUGCCGGAGAAUCGGCAUGUUUGGAGCACCACCGCUCGGAUGUAUUCCGUUCAUCAGAACCAUGACCGGAGGAGUAGAAAGAAUGUGUAGCGAAAGGCAUAACCAGGCGUCACAAUUAUACAACUCCAAGCUGAUUUCGUCGAUGAAUUCCCUACAGAGCUCGAGAAACUUGGAUCCCGGUGCUAGGUUGGUCUACCUCGACCUCUAUGAUCCUAUGAUGCAUCUCAUCGUUAACUAUCGAUCUUAUGGGUUCGAGGUAGCGGACAAAGGGUGUUGUGGGAUGGGGCAAGUCGAGAUGUCUGUGUUGUGCAACAAAUACAAUCCCUACACAUGUACUGAUGGCUCCAAGUACGUGUUCUGGGACUCCUACCAUCCCACGGAGAAGACUUAUAAGUUGCUGGUUAGCCAGUGUCUUGCUAGCUACCUCCACAACUUCCUGUAGCAAGGCUAUUAGUAGGUUUCUGUUACUUAAUUUUUUUUGUACGAAUCGAGGAAGGAUGCAUGUGUACGUCGAGUCAUUGGGAGGAGUGGGUCAAAAGAAAGGAUGGCGGUGACUUUGUCAUUUUAAUAAAAAAGAUUGAUCUUUCAUCGUCAUACCAUCUAGUCCUCCUAGCUCCGAUUAGUCACGCCUCAACCAACUAAUCACGUCCAACUUUGCAUAGACGUUAUGAAUUCCUAAUGAUUUUUCUAAAGCCUAGGUAAAUUGUUUUGUCGUUACCUAGCAUCUAGGCAUAUACGGAAUUACGGCUUCUUGAACCGAUUGUAACCACUAUUAUGAUACUAUAAAUCUAGUACUGUUAU